AUGCUUUUUUCGGGACUCUCCGGUAGCAUGGGUUAUCCUCUCCUUCUGGGACAGCUGCUGUGGCAUAUGGCUCCUCUCCUGUAUGUUGCAGGGAACACAACUGAGAAAAUUCUAACAGCUGGGAAUGUUUCUGCAGUUGAAAACAGCAACAUCACCCUGCGGUGUUCUCUCUCUUUGACCAAUGCCAUUGUGUCGCAGGUGAACUGGAACAGGUGUAACAAGGUCAUGCUUGCAGUUUACCUAAGCAAAGAUAAAGCCAUGGUCCAGCCAGCAUUCACUGAGAAGGUAUCGCUGGCAGCAGAGUAUGGGAUAACAAUCCACUUCUUAGGAGUCAAUGACACGGGGAAUUAUUGCUGUGAAUUUCACACCUUCCCUUUUGGGAUAUUUGAAGGGAGAACGUUCCUGGAACUGACAGGAACAUCAGAGGAGACGACCCUUUGGAAGAACCUUCCAUACAUAAUCAUCAGCCUGAUAUUGGGAGUUCUGCUCCUAGUGUGUUUCGUACUCUGGAUCCUCAGGAGAAAGAAACAAACUCAGAAGAUCCAUGUGCCGCCCCAUGUCCUGCAGAAGGCACCUUCCAGCAGCAGUGGGGAGGACUGCAGCUCACCAAACCCCAUCACAGGCAGCUCAGCAGAGGCCAGCGUGGCAUCUGCCAGCAGUGUGGGAGCUCAGGAGGAGUCCGAUGAUGGUCACGACUAUUUCAACGUCUUGCAAUACAAAAGUCACAGCAGCAGGAGCACUGUGGUACGAAUGGGGUAGUUGGGUGGGGAGGAGGGAGUUUUGGCUGUGGG